CCACCAUUGAGCCGCUGCAUAUCCAUGCCGGUGGAUAUCUCUGGCAUUCAGAAGGGUCCCCGCUCUGACUUCGACAUGGCCUACGAGCGCGGCCGCAUCUCAGUGUCGCUGCAGGAGGACAGCACCGGCGCCUUGGCCGCCUUCUCCCGGUCCGUCUCGCACGAGCCCAAGGAGCGCAAGUCGGUGACGGUGGAGGAGCAACCGUCGGGUGUCUACCACUACAACUACUGCGAGGACGAGUCGGCAGCAGGGGACUGUCCCUUCGGGCUCUACCAGGGUCGCCAGACCAGCGCCAUCUUCGAGGCCGCCAAGCGGGAGCUGGUCAAACUCAUGAAGGUGGAGGACCCUUCUCUCCUCAACAACCGGGUCUUGCUCCAUCACGCCAAAGCUGGAACUGUCAUUGCCCGUCAAGGGGACCAGGACGUGAGCCUCCCCUUCCGGCUGUGCUACCAGCGGAUGAUAGACAAGGCGGAGGACGUCUGCCUCUUCUUGACGCAACCCGGCGAGAUGGUGGGACAACUGGCCGUGCUCACCGGCGAGCCCCUCAUCUUCACCAUCAAGGCCAACCGCGACUGCACCUUCCUCAAGAUCUCCAAAUCGGACUUCUAUGAGAUCAUGCGGGAGCAGCCCAGCGUGGUGCUGAGCGUUGCCCACACCGUGGCUGCCCGGAUGUCGCCCUUCGUGCGCCAGAUGGACUUUGCCAUUGACUGGAUGGCGGUGGAGGCCGGGCGGGCGCUCUACAGGCAAGGUGACAAGUCGGAUUGCACCUACAUCGCGCUCAACGGGCGUCUCCGCUCCGUCAUCCAGAAGGGCAGCGGCAAGAAGGAGCUCAUCGGGGAGUACGGCCGUGGAGACCUCAUUGGGGUGGUGGAAGCCCUCACCCGGCAGCCCCGGGCCACCACGGUCCACGCGGUGCGGGACACGGAGUUGGCCAAGUUGCCUGAGGGCACCUUGAACAACAUCAAGCGCAGAUACCCCCAGGUUGUCACCCGCCUCAUCCACCUCCUGAGCCAGAAGAUCUUGGGGAACCUUCAGCAGCUCCGUGGCCCCUUUGCAAGCUCUGGUUUGGGGAUGGCCUCCAGCUCGGAGCCCACCAACCCCACCAGCAACCUGUCGACGGUGGCGGUGCUGCCGGUGUGUGAUGAUGUCCCCACGGCUGCCUUCACGCUGGAGCUCAAGCAUGCGCUCAACGCCAUCGGUCCCACGCUGCUCCUCACCAGUGACAUCAUCCGCGCUCGUCUCGGCUCCUCAGCGCUGGACAGCAUCCAGGAGUACCGGCUGUCGGGCUGGCUGGCGCAGCAGGAGGACAUCCACCGCAUCGUCCUGUACCAAACCGACUGCACCCUGACGCCGUGGACCGUGCGCUGCAUCCGUCAGGCCGACUGCAUCCUCAUCGUCGGGUUGGGCGACCAAGAGCCAGCGCUGGGAGAGCUGGAGCAGAUGCUGGAGAACACGGCGGUGCGGGCGUUGAAGCAGUUGGUCCUCCUACACCGUGAGGAUGGUCCCAGCCCUUCCCGUCGGGAGAUGUAUGAGAAGGUGUUUGAGAAGAGCGCCGACCGGCACAGCGACUUCUCCCGCUUGGCGCGGGUCCUCACCGGCAACACCAUCGCCCUCGUCCUGGGGGGCG